AUGCACUACGCACGGGACUGCUCGAUCAAGGCGCACGAGUGCACCGACUGUGGCCUGGUUAGCCACAAAGAAGGCUACUGCCGGAGCGCUGAGAAAGUCCGGAAGAAGUACGUCUCGACGAAGGUGGUGAAAGUUAACACGUGCAGCGUGGAAGAUCGUCGGAAGUACGUGCCAGUCGUGAUGAAUCGCACCUCUGUGCGGCUGCAACUCGAUACCGGGUCCGACAUCACCAUCAUCUCAACGGGAACGUGGCGCAGCAUUGGAAGUCCACCAAUGUCAACAACUUCCGUCGUGGCGAAAACUGCUACGGGCAAGCCCUUGGAGAUCGACGGUGAGUUCUGGUGCGAAAUGGUGGUCGGGGGACGAAAGUCUUCUGGUCUGGUUCGAGUGACAAGUCAACCACUGAAUUUGCUGGGCUCUGACACAAUUGACAGCUUUGGGCUGUGGUCAGUGCCGCUUGACACCAUCUGUCAUCUGGUUGAAACGUCAACAACAACAACAACAAAUGUCGAUGCACUUAAGGCGGAGUUUCCACAUUUGUUUUCUGGAGAGUUGGGCUUGUGCGUGAAGACGAAGGUGAAACUUGAGUUGAAGCCGGAAAAAUCACCCGUUUUUCGGCCCAAGAGACCGGUUGCUUACGCGAUGUACCAAGCUGUAGAUGAAGAGUUGGACCGACUCGAGCGCUGCAACAUAAUUUCUCCUGUGGAUUUUUCGGAGUGGGCAGCUCCGAUCGUGGUGGUACGAAAGGCAAGCGGGGCAGUACGAAUCUGUGGAGACUAUUCCACGGGGUUGAACGACGCGUUGCAGCCCAACCAGUACCGUUGCCUCUUCCCAGGACAUUUUGCUAGUCUGGCCAGUUGUACCGUCUUCAGUCAGAUUGACUUGACCGAUGCGUACCUGCAGGUGGAGAUGGACGAAAGCUCGCGUGCCAUGCUCACCGUCAACACGCACCGGGGACUAUACCAGUACAACCGCCUGGCACCUGGAGUAAAGCCAGCACCGGGAGCUUUCCAGCAAGUCAUCGACGGGAUGCUGUCCGGGCUCGUGAGGACUUGUGGUUAUCUCGAUGACGUGGUUGUCGGGGGUUUGGACGAAGAGGACCACAAGAAAAACCUACGGGCGGUGCUGCAGUGCAUUGAGGAGUUUGGUUUCACGAUUCGUGCGGAAAAAUGUUCGUUCGGUCAGCCGCAAAUUCGCUACCUGGGCCAUCUUCUUGAUCGCCAGGGAUUGCGGCCGGAUCCAGCUAAGAUCGAAGCAAUCGCCAACCUCGCCGUUCCGACCGAUGUCAGUGGAGUUCGGUCAUUUCUGGGAGCCUUUAACUACUACGGCAAGUUUGUGGCGAACAUGCGAAAUCUGCGGUAUCCCCUCGACGAGCUGCUGAAGGAUGGGAACAAGUUUCGGUGGACGCCGGAAUGCCAGCAAGCGUUCGACCGAUUCAAGCAGAUUCUCAGCUCCGACUUGUACUGGCCCACUACGAUCCGACGCAGGAGAUUAUUGUCUCGGCAGACGCGUCAUCCGUUGGGCUAG